AGAAGAAGAAGACGAUUCGAAGGUGAUUCACACCCCUGACUCGGUGGCAGUAGCACAUGGAGUGAGGAUUGGAUCUGCUUGUCUACACACUUCUUUGUCAGCCAGCUCUCCUCUCUUGUUUUGAGCCGCGGCUGCUCCAGCGCAGGACCUCUUGAGAAGCUGCGCGGCUCUGCAGACUUUUAAACCCGUGGAUGCGUGACCUGGUGACGUCUUUUCCGGCGCCUCCCCGGUCCUGUGGAAGGCAGACCCGUUCAGACACUGAGGGAGAGGAGACAGGAGGUCAGGCACUGCUUUGGAGGCACCACAAAGAAACUUCAUGCAAGGCAAGGAUCAAAGAUGCAGUCUGAUAGCAUUAAAGAGGAGGUGCUGGAUGUGAUACCUGUCCAAAUUAAAGAGGAGGCCUCUGAACUGGAGCCUGUCCACAUUAAAGAGAUCUCUGAACUGGAGCCUGUCCACAUUAAAGAGAUCUCUGAACUGGAGCCUGUCCACAUUAAAGAGGAGGCCUCUGAACUGGAGCCUGUCCACAUUAAAGAGAUCUCUGAACUGGAGCCUGUCCACAUUAAAGAGAUCUCUGAACUGGAGCCUGUCCACAUUAAAGAGAUCUCUGAACUGGAGCUUGUCCACAUUAAAGAGGAGGCCUCUGAACUGGAGCCUGUCCACAUUAAAGAGAUCUCUGAACUGGAGCUUGUCCACAUUAAAGAGGAGGCCUCUGAACUGGAGCCUGUCCACAUUAAAGAGAUCUCUGAACUGGAGCCUGUCCACAUUAAAGAGAUCUCUGAACUGGAGCCUGUCCACAUUAAAGAGAUCUCUGAACUGGAGCCUGUCCACAUUAAAGAGAUCUCUGAACUGGAGCCUGUCCUCAUUAAAGAGAUCUCUGAACUGGAGCCUGUCCAAAUUAAAGAGGAGGCCUCUGAACUGGAGCCUGUCCACAUUAAAGAGAUCUCUGAACUGGGCUGGGUGCCAGUUACAGAACCGUACACAGAUUACAGUCCCCCAACGUUUGAUUUUGCACCGGAGCAUCCAGAUAUACACCCUGCCGUGGAAAGUUUGAGUUCGUCACUGGAAUGCUUCCAAGCGUUUCUGCCUGAGAAAGUGAUCUCCUUCCUUUGCACUUGCACCAACAAACGCGCAGCUGAGUACUUCACAAGCAAGCCAGAUAAACAGAGGAAGGCCUUCGGACUGAAGUGGCGCGAUGUGCUACCUGAUGAGAUGUACGUUUUUCUUGCUCUUGUGUUCUUGAUGGGCAUAAACCAGCUACCAUGCAUGGCCGCCUACUGGUCACAGAGCAUUUUAAUGCGAGGCCCCCCUGUCUUCUGUAAAGAAGUCAUGAGCAGAAACCGCUUUCUGAGCAUCAUGAAGUUUUUGCGUUUCUCUGAACCGGAUCAGGUACGAAAGGGCCAGCCGCGUACCAGACUGGAGCCGUUCCUGUCCAUGAUCAGAAAGACGUCAAUGGAAUCGAUCGACCCGGGACAGCAUGUCGCCAUUAAUGAGGUGCUCGCCCUGCGGAAAUAUAUCAAAAUGAAAAGGACUCGAUCCGGAAUGAAACUGUUCUGCCUGUGUCCCGGUGAUCAGAGGCUAAGGGGUUACACAUGGGAUUUUCAAAUACGCAUCGACCGGGAUGAAGACGACGUUGUCUCGCGUUACCCAGGGGCAAGCGAACUGGGCGCACCCGAGAGGAUUGUUGUGUGUCUGGCAGAUCGUGUGCUAAAUCAAGGGCGUCACAUUGUUGUCGGCAGUUGGCACGUGUCCGCCAGGCUCGCUUCAUUCCUGCUUACCCAGAAGACACACGUCACUGGGAGUGUUCGAUUGGAUGUGGGGGUGCCAAAGGAAGCUGUAGAAGAAAAACUCGACAAAGGAGAGACGCGUUUUGUUAGAAACCGUGACUUGCUGCUGGUUAGGUGGCGGGAUAAGGCAGAUGUAAAUAUUCUGACUACCAAGUAUGCAGCUGGAUUUGUUCAAAAGACCCGUGUCCUAACCGGGGGAGCAAGGGUGGGUUACAGCAAGCCAUUCCACAUCGAAAAAUACAGUGCGCUGCUGGGAGCGGUGGGUGCCUGCGAUCAGGAUUUGGAGACGUACGACCCUUGCAGAAAAUCUCUGGUCUGGUUCAAAAAGCUAGGCAUCCACUUCAUCGCACGGAUGAUGCUGAAUGGUCGAGUCUUGUACCAGCUGCGCAUGGGGAAGGGGAAGAAGCCCUACUUGGAGUACCUCUUGCAGUGCUGCGAUGAAAUGCUUACGAAGCACAGCGCCGGAUACGCGGGCUUGAAGCAGCUUUCCACCGCAAGAGAACGUCCCGCGACGCCUGCAGCGGACGCUCCCCUACACGCGUUCGUUUCGAUUCCUCCCACGCAGGCUAAACGGAGGCCACAGAAAAGGUGCAGGGUCUGCUAUGAAAACCAAACCCGAAAGGAUACGAGGAAAAUGUGCAGCGGCUGCCGUGGCAACCCCGGAUUCUGCUGCAUCGAUCAUUUCAAUGAUUGGCACAGAGUGACUCGGUGAUCAUGAACGCAAACGUUUUGUUCUGUGAAUGCAAACAAGAUUCCCAGUUGGCACAUUUUUUUUUUUUAUAUUGUAGCAGGGCUGGAGACCUGGCCAUAAGGAGGGGGCUUCUAUGAUCUAUGAUUAUUUGUUGUAAGUAAGAGUGUUGGGAUUGUAUAAAUAAGAAUGGGAUUGGUUUUAAUGGGGAACCUGAUGCUGUGUGUGUAGCAGCCUGCCUGCUGUGUUUGGUUGUGGGAACGAGCUGUGCGUGUGUGUGCGUGUGCGUGUGCGUGUGCGUGUGUGUGUUAAGCAGCUGCGCACUCCUAAUCAGCAGGUGGGCGUGGUCCAGCAGAGCGUCAGGAUUAAAAGGGUCCUGAUUAUACAGAUCACGGCUGCUGAAAAGCCGUAGGGCGCAGAGCGCUGCUGCUGUCAAGGGACAAGGGGCUAGUUUCUGGAUAGCAGACACGUGUAGCAGCGGGAUCUGCACGGCACCAUUUUGUUUUUAGUUUUUGUACAGUGUUCAUUUUGCCUUUUGUACGCCGGGCCGUAUGUCCCACGUGAGCCACCAUUACUGGCAGUGUGACGUGAGGUUGUGUAUGUACUGUAUGUAAAUAAACCUGCACGCCUGCCGGGCAUGUCAGUCCCAACCUUCCAGUCUCGGUCUCCUGUCAAUCACGCAUCCACAUCAUCAUCGCAGCAGUCCCCUGUUGACACACACAUUAUAUAGAAACCAUAGCAACAGGAAAGAAGAUCACUGAUUGGUUAGAGAGGAUGACAAGGCAUAGCAAUCCCCCACUAGCAAAAGACAAUGUGAGAGUGAAGUUUCCUUUUCUGUUUGCUUAUUUUUCAGCAUUAUUUUACAACGAAAUUACAUAACAGUAAUAGAAACAUUAUAGUCACGUUAAAAGUUGCGGCAA